CACUGAAUCUUUCUCCUCCAAUCAGCAGCAAGAUGCCGAUGAGCACAGAGGCUUGGCUACACCCACAUAGGGAGGUGUGUGGUGUAUAAGUAUAGGGAUCCGUCUGAGCUAGUGGCACAUCACAGAGAGAAAGCAAAUAGCUCUCUGUUUUCCAGCUAAGCAGAGGAGAGAGAGAGAUUCAGACACUUGUUAGUGUGAAGUUCUAGGAAGACUCAAAAGCAAGGAAGCAGCAGCAGGAACGACACAGGCAACAGCGGAGAGCAUCACCGCUUGCUGGGGAAGUUCUCAACAGCUCAGCUCGGGGAUUAAGGACUCCUGGGAGACGGAGGAAGGACCAGACACUGAAGAGAACUUUUUUUUGUCCUGGACUUUGGCUGUAGCACAAGGGCAGUUGGACGGCAAGACUUCCCAGGGUGAUUUUCUUGAUUUGGUUGUGUUUGUAAUUUGCAGGGGAAACAGGGAGUCCAUUUCUGGACUGGGUGGUUGCGACUUUUGGAGAGAGUCUGUCAAAGGGGCGAAAGCUUGAUUACCCACAGCUAGGAAACAUGCAGUUGGACAACAUCAACCAGGUGAACCUCCACUCUUUCCAGGGCCACCGCGGCGUGGCCAAUAACAACAAGCCCAAUGUGAUUCUCCAGAUAGGGAAGUGCAGGGCAGAGAUGCUAGACCACGUCAGGAGGACCCACCGGCACCUCCUGACCGAGGUGUCAAAGCAGGUGGAGCGGGAGCUGAAAGGCCUGCAGAAGUCGGUGGGGAAACUUGAGAACAACCUUGAGGACCAUGUCCCCUCGGCUGCUGAGAACCAGAGGUGGAAGAAGUCCAUCAAGGCCUGCCUGUCUAGAUGCCAGGAGACCAUUGCUCACUUGGAGAGGUGGGUCAAGAGAGAGAUGAAUGUCUGGAAGGAAGUGUUCUUCCGCCUGGAGAAGUGGGCUGACCGGCUCGAGUCUGGUGGGGCGAAGUACUGCCAUGGAGACAACCACAGGCAGACUGUCUCAGUAGGGGUGGGAGGCCCAGAGAUCAGGCCCAGUGAAGGGGAGAUUUAUGAUUAUGCCCUAGACAUGAGCCAGAUGUAUGCCCUGACACCUCCUCCUACUGGGGAUGUCCCUAUCGUGCCUCAGUCCCAUGAUUCCUACCAGUGGGUCUCUGUCUCAGAAGAUACUCCACCUUCCCCAGUGGAGACCCAGAUUUUUGAGGACCCCAGGGAGUUCCUGACUCACUUGGAGGACUAUCUGAAGCAGGUGGGUGGCACUGAGGAGUACUGGCUCUCUCAGAUUGAGAACCACAUGAACGGGCCGGCCAAAAAGUGGUGGGAGUACAAGCAGGACUCCGUCAAGAACUGGCUGGAGUUCAAGAAGGAGUUCCUUCAGUAUAGCGAGGGCACCCUGACCAGGGAUGCCAUUAAGAGAGAGCUGGAUCUCCCUCAGAAGGAUGGAGAACCCCUAGAUCAGUUCCUCUGGCGCAAAAGGGACCUGUACCAGACCCUCUACGUUGAUGCUGAGGAGGAGGAGGUCAUCCAGUAUGUGGUAGGGACCCUCCAGCCCAAACUCAAACGCUUCCUCAGCCACCCUUACCCCAAAACUUUAGAACAACUGAUCCAGAGGGGCAAGGAAGUUGAGGUCAACUUUGACAACUCUGAGGAGCCCAGUCCCCAGAGGACCCCUGAGUUGAGGGACUCAUUGGAAAGCCUCCCUCCCUCCACCACUGCCAGCCCUAUCGCUAGUGACGGAACUCAACCUGAGGUUUCUGUCCCGACCACAGUGAUAUGAGCAGAGUAGUGUGAAACAGGUAUGACAAAGAAGGGGGUUGGUGGAUUAUUUAGGAAGGCAGUUUCCUUUCAUCUGAGAACUUCAGCCAUGGUGGGUCUGAAGAUACACUCAGCCUAAUGACCGGUAGGAGGAAAAUCUAAUUUUCUUCAAGAUCAACCACGCUGAGAGCGUGGCUAGCCUGAAUCACUCAAGAUGGUUCAAGCUGGAUAAUGGAUGGCUCUUUUGAGGAUUUCUUUUUUAAAAGCCAUUGCAAGGACUGGACUAUGUCAGAAAGACAAACCAGCCUCUUCGUCGUGGCAGAGGCAGCCACACCUCCUGGGGCACAGCUUCCCAGGGAAUUUCAUCGGGCGUGACAGAAGGAUUUCCUUCUCGCUCACAUCAGUCCUUUCCUUCAAGGUGCUUUUCCUUCCAGACAUUCUCCUCCCCGCUUCUGGGAACCAUCAGUGGACUUUCACUAACUCUCUUGAAAGCUAUUGGUUUCCCCCUCUUUCUCCUGCUUCUUCCAACUUUUCAGCUGAGCUCCAAACAGAUUGGGGAAGGGAACUUUUAGCAAGUUUGGGGAGGUCCUGAAGGACUUCAGCAGGAGUUUCAGCCAUCAAAUUAACCCAUUCCCUGCUCUCACCCAACUCUCAUGUUUCCAUCUCCAAGUGGACCUCUGGAUUCUCUUUGGCUUUGACUUGGGCACUCAGGUCUUUCAGCUCCAGAAGGAUCAUCGGCCACACAUUCAAGAGUGGCCAUGAGCCUGAUGCUUUGCUACUCUACAUUCUAGAUUUUGGGAAGAUAGGGCUUUGCA